GUUUCACACCGCGAAGUAUGCCAUGGCCACGGUCGCGGCGGUUGUGGGUGGUGCUGUGGGCCGGCAUAGCCUUUGUUGCGGCCGCCAAUGUGGAGACGGUGCAGAUCAAUGUCCCGUCCGGCAGCGCGUAUGGAGUCUUGAACGAGGCAAUUCAUAGCAUCAUCUCUGCGAACGCCACUGUGCCGAGAGAGGUUUUGGUUGGGCUCCGCGUUGUUGGCGACAAGAACGUGCCCGACGUUCGUCCAAAUCCCGUGGUGCUGCUGCCAGGCACUUCUGCCGCAAACUUCUCCAUUGUCGGUCGGUCGCCCGGUCGGUUCCUCAUCGAGUGGGAGCUGUUGUCCAUGUCGACAUCGUUGACAUUGUUCAACGAGUCGUCCGUCUCGUUCACGCUGAGCUCGUCAGGGGCGUUCGUCGUAUUCGUCAUCAACAACCAGUGGCCGACAGUCUUCUACCAAGUCGGUCUUAGCGCCUUCGUCCUCGUGCUUGGCCUGGCAUUCUUCGCGUGGCGCCGCAUGUCCAAGUCGUCGAUUCCAUUUUGGGGUGCGCACGUGGAGGGUCUCUUCCAGCAGGUACCUUUUCGCACAGAAGAGAUGGCGUUCCCCCACGGUCAUGACCAAGUGGAUCCGCUGGACGCUCCUUCGCUUCGCGACCGCAUCCUGCUCUUUUGGCGCCUCCCCAUCGCCGACAAACUCGUCGUGGACCGUUGCGGCGUCGAAACGGCGCUGUGCUUGCACUUUCUCCGGGACGCUGGCCACCUCUUUACUGGGCUUUCCAUUUUCAGCACAGUCAUCCUUGUGCCGAUUAACUACGUGUCGGGUGGCGCGCUGACCAAGUCGUACCAAGAAGCCACAAUCAGCAACGUCCCAUUGAACAGCCAUUGGUUCUGGGGCCACGUCGCCGUCUGCUACAUUGCGACGGUCGCCAUGCUCGUCUUUGUCUAUCGGUACAAGCUCACUCCAACCACAGGCGGGGAGACUGAUGCCAUGUCCAGCCAAUACGUCCUGCUUUCGAAGCUCCGCCUGCAAGACUCUACGCUAGUUGGCCCUCGCAGCGUCUUCAUUCAAGCGGGACUGCCCCACUACAUCACGAGCCGAAUGCUGCAUAUGCACCUUGCACACCACUACACGCCCCAUGACGUCGACACCGUUCGAGUCGUCGACGACCUGAGCCAGGUGUACCAGAUCCUUGGCCGCCGCAUGGCGCUGCGCAACGAAGCCAGCCGCCUCGUCCAUAUCUACGGGACGAACAGCCCGCUCCCGUGGUUUUUGCAGUGGUGUCCGGGCACGAGUUGCAUGCCGUCUGUGUUGGACAUGGCCUACGACUACGCAGCAUGUUUGCCAUGCAAGCGCACGUUGAAACACCGCGACACGCCCGUGAACAACGACAAGCAAGCCGCGUUGGUGGACAUGGAACAUGAGAUCGACCAGGCACUGCGCGGCGGCGUUCACUCGGGAGACUUUGAAUCCCUCGACACGGCCGUCCCGCCGCCGCGAAUUCAACGGCGACUCGAACAGAUUCACCAAGAGUUGGAAACGUACCCGCAUGAAAUCCUGACCAAGUUCCAGCAGCGCAAGGGCACUGGCGCUGCAUUCAUCGUGUUCCGAUCGACGAGGGCAAAAUUGGCGUUUCUCGAGCAAUUUCUCGCGACCCAAACAGCCACGACGAAGCUCAAAGCCCAAGUCGACGCGUCCUUCUUUCGCGUGCGCGACACGAUGCGCCAGCGUCGCCAGCGGUCGCCGUCCGACUACUUGGUCGAUUCUUCCCACCCGUCCCCGUUGCUGACGUACUUGCCCAACUUGCUCUUGCAACCAGCCCCCGAACCGGGUGACAUUCGAUGGGCCAACCUGAUCUCGCGGCCGCGGUCCCUCCGGCGCGCAAUGGUGCUGGUGUUUUACCAAGGCAUCACCAUGACAAUCCUCCUCCUCUUCUCGACGCCGGCGUCGGUGCUGCUCUACAUCAACCUGGACCCAUCCAGUCCGUUGUACACGAAAUUGCUCGAGGACAAUUCGAUCGUGACGGGGUUUCUUCGCACAUACGUGCCCACGUUGCUCUUGGUCAGUGUGAACGCGCUGCUCCUCGUCGCUCUGUUUUACCUGUCGAUCUUUGAGCCGUGGCUCACCGAAACCAAACGCAUGCGGAGCCUCCUCGUCAAAUCGUUUGUUUACCUCGUGCUCAGCUCGAUCUUGUUUCCGUCGAUUGGGGUCACUGCCGUCUACGCGACGACUACGUCGUCGAAAGGAAACCCGCUCAACUUGGACCAGUCGACGCACGCCUCGUAUGUCAAUAGCUUUCUCUUCAACGUGUGCAGCAACUUCUUCAUCUUGUACUUGGCGCAAUUAACGUGCCUCGGGACGGUCGUUCAAGUUCUCCGCACUGGAGAGCGAGUCCUCUACCAGCCGUGGUAAGUACCUCUUUGCUCGCCUUGUGCACGGCGCGAUGGAGUUUUCGAGCCACGCGAGCAAUUUUCGACCUUGCUGCGUGUAGGCUGCGUGGACGAGCAAUCACACCGACCGAACUCUUUGAAGCGUGUCGCCCAGCUCCGUUUUACUUUGGCGUCGAGUACGCGCUCAUGUUGAGCGCGUUUCUAGUCACGUUGCUCGGGACAACGCUGUCGCCGGCGCUGGUCCCGUGCGGCGCCAUCUACUUUUACACGCGCGUCGUGUCCACCAAGUACAACGCGCUAUACGUCCAUCCGAAGGCGCCGGGCCGUGGCCACGUCACUCGGUCGGUCCUCUCGCUCGUCCUUGUGUCGGCCUUGCUCUUCCAGGUGGUGUCUCCCACUCGUAUUUUUGACGGCGAACGCCCGUGAUCUAGAUUGCGAUGGCGCUCAUCUUGUCCCAGCUCGGUCGGCGCGAGCAAUGGGUGGCUGUCGUUGUCCUGGUGUCGGUCACGCUGCUCAUCCUGUUGUGGUGGCACGGCACUGUCCGUUUCGCUCUCGAAGGCGCCGAUGAUGACCAGUGCAACCAAGAUGCGGCGGCUCCACAACACGUCCGACGGAUGUCUUCGUCAUGCUUGAAUGCGCUUCUCCAAGCGGGUAGCCACGACGAGUUUAUGCGAGGAGUGCCAACCCCCCCCGGCUAUCAAAACCCGUACGACGCCGGUCUCAAGAUGUUUGCAGCGCUAUAUCGGGUCCAACUCAACGCGCACGACGCGCUGGACCAAUCUUGGAAGCGGUGGAAAAGCACCAUCAAGGCCGAGGACGCCCCCAUGCAUUAAGUUGACUAUACAUUCGUCGGGUCAAAACAGCACCCCGAGCACAAUCGCAAGCAUCACGAUCGGCAAAAUCAUGCACGUGUACAUGAGCAUCUACACACCGGUGCGGAUCUGUCAACUGGCGCGGCGAGGAUUCAAAGAGUACCUGGAAUGGAG